AUGGUUAGCCAACACGCGAUGGCUACCACAGUUCGCAAAGUUAAGCAAGAGAACCGACUGAGACGACAAUAUCAGAAUCAAGAUGAGGAAGGACUAUACAAGCCACCACCGAAACCGGUGUCGAACAAUCAGAAGAACCAGAACGACCAGCAAGAAAGCAGGGUGCAGACGGUAGCCGAGCAAUCGUCACGGACGAUUUCCGGAACUGAAAGAAACGUCGUGCUCGAGGACAGUCAGCUUCGCACUUCCGGGCAGAAUCUUGCGCCGGAAUACAGGAUGCCACCGCUCUAUGGGGAGGAGCAAAGUUCAAGUCAGGUUCAGCCAGCAGCUAAUUUACAAACUCACAGUAGCAAAUUUCCGAUAGAACGUGAAGUAGUUUUGUCAUCGGGGGAUAAGAACUCGAAAAUCCCUAUCCUUCACGAAUACAAACAAAGAACUGCUGGAAGAGUUGCUAUUGCACCGGAUGCGCCAAUCAAGCAACAAGCUUGGGUUCAAGAGGGAACCCAAAUGCAAGAAGUGAGACAAGAGAAUCAAGCGAGGAGUUAUCACCCGCCGGAAUCAUAUGCGUCGGCUUCAGCUGCGGCGGCAACGAGAACUACGAAGAUCGAUGAGGAAAAGAGCAAGUCUCUCUCGAGAACUUAUCACACAAUUAAGGACAUGAUAUCCAACCGCUUCAGGCAGAGCCGUAAAGACGUCGAGGCGGAACUGGAGGCCAGCUUAAAUAAUGUUACGGAAGAGUUAAGGAAAUCCAGUAGAAGUAUCGACGAUGAAGAGGCCAACAAAAAAGAUGCGAUUUACGUCAAUCCACGGGCACAGGAACUUUCAGUUAACAUGCAGUAUCCAAAAAAUGCUUCCGGUCAGUAUGGUGAUUCGUAUAGGUACCUGAGCAAUCAGCAGAAUGUACCACUUCCCGGACAACUUCAACCGACAUCACAAAUUCAACCUAACUUGCCAGGUCAAAGUGCUCAGCUUCACGUGACGCAUCACACUCCACCUGGAGGAGUUCAAACGGUCCAUCAAACUCAAAUUCCCACUUUCAGUCAAUCAGCAACAGGUGGCCAACAGGUGCAAAAUGUUGCGAGGGAUUACGUUGUUCAUGGAGCAUGUGGAUUGCCAACCCAGCAUUUGCAUCAGGGACUCCCUCAGAAUUCUCAGAACCAGGAUCAAAACACACAAGUCCAAAAGCCUCGUGGUCUACCCAUGCAGCAGCAUCAAGUAGGCAACAAGAUGCAACCAGAGAAUCAGAACUUCCAAAGUCCACAACAGCUUGUACACCAGAACCAGAAUCAUCAUCAGAGUCCCAGGUUCUCUCAACAACACGCGCAGAACAUGCAUCAGCGGCAAUUGAUCCAGCAAAUGCAUCAGCAGCAAUUGUCUAAUCAGCACAUCACUCAAACUGGUGCCAGGAACGCGGAGCAGAGCUACUUCUCGAACAAUGUCUCAUACCAACAGUACCAACAAGUCAGACAAGUCAUAUCAAGGUCUCAGAUCGACGUUCCAAGCACCUCGAGGCAGAACCUUCAAGUUUACUUGAAACCAGAAUGCACCCAGGACAUCGAGUUCCAGCAAAGGAACUCAGCAAAAGGCAUCGAGAAAGCUGUGUCUCAGCCGCAGCUGUGUUAUGAAGAUGAACGGGUCGCCGAACAGCCCAGAAAUCCCGUUGAACCUAUGAAUACUCUCACCGUCGGCCCGCUGGAUAAGGAGAAGUACGAAAUCACGGUUGAAAACCACGGGCCUAGUGAGUUUGGAAGAAGCGAUAUCCAAAGAAAAGACGAGUACAGAUUGGAAACCAGUUUUAGCAUUCGUAGAGAUGAGGCAUUCAGGUGCUCCAAAAAAGAGUCAGAGCUAGUAGGAGGUUCCCGACAAGAGAAUCAGGAAUCCGAGGGUACUUCAGUUCAGAAGAGAAUUGAAGAGCUGCAGAAACGAGCAGAAGAAAAUCAUUACGGCUCGAAAUUGUCCAAAGAAUGUACAGAGACAGGCACAGCUAGGAGUUCAUGCGGCUCGAAAAUUGGAAAUGGCGAAGGAUCCAAACGUGUCGAGACUCAGUUCGCAAAGGAUUCCAUGGCGAAAUCAGAAUCUAAGAAAAAUGAGCUGGAACACGGAAUUGGGCGAUUGAAGAUCCAAAACCAAGGAUCCGGAUCGGAUUACGACAAGGCUGGGCAGAGCUCCUCCAAUGUUGACUCCGGGAGGGGAUCAGCUGUUUAUUCCAGUGGACGGCGUCCUCCGCCAAAUGAUCAAACUCACCCUUCAGUAAAAGACUCCGAAUGGGUGGACAUAGUGGAAUCAGAGUUGAGAAGCAUUUUAGAACCCAGAGAUGUGCCUGCGAUGGCGCAUUCCACGUUAUCUGAAAGUGUAUCAUCGGUGACGCCACCUUUGCCGCCGCUCUCGCCCCAUGAAAGUCCUAGAACACCAAGAAAUCGAUACUCAGCGAGCUUACCACAUGGAUCGAAACCUAAUUACAACGAUUACAGCAAGGCUAUAGAGAAAAGAGAGUUCUCAAACAGUUCAAAACAUCGCGGUGCUUCCACUUCCAAGAAAGAAGCUGCAAAAAAGUUUUCUCAUCUUUUUGGUAUGGAAGCGGCCGAUUUAACUUCCACAACGACAGGACUCGACUUAGACUCCAUGCUAGAUAGAAGCGAUUCAGAUUUAAGCACAAACGACGCAAGAACAAUUAGGAAGCAGCUGGAAGGCUUGGAAAACAUGUACAGUGAGGUGCUGAAAUUGCUAGGCGGAAGCGUGAAGAAAAGGCGAAAGGCCAGAGGCCUUAUUAGUUAUGGUUCCGUAUCGUCGUUGCCGACGUCAUCUGUUUCAUCUCGGCCUGUUACAAGACAUCAUGACAAACGCAGAUCCCAUGCGAUCGACGAUAGACUGAAAAAAACCAAAGACUUCAAGAGCAUUAACAAGCGCUUUCAACGACUAGAAUCGCACGUGAUUACCCUGGCUAGGUCGGUGGCACAUCUAAGCUCAGAAAUGAGAACGCAGCACUUAAUGAUACAGAAUGUUGUUGCAGGAAAUGGAGAACAUAAGAGGCGAAAUUGCGGCUCUGAGGACACAAACGAGUAUGGCAAUGGUGAGAUCACAAUCGCAACCGCUGAUUAA